UAAAUUGAUUUCAUUGGUCUAUUUAACGUCCACGACAAAACUUUCGUUCCCAUCUAUCUUUAUUCACUGCUAUUACCCUUUUUUAAUUCCAAAAAUCAAGGAUUGGUCAAAUAUCAAACAUAAACACCUCUCAGAUUUUCAAACUUUUAAUUCAACAAUUUAGGGAUAAAUAAUUUUUUAGACAAAAUAUUCUACAUUUUUUAUUAUCAAGCUGCUAUAUUUCUUAUUUUCUGCUAGUACUACAUGUCAAGAUUCACAAAAUCGCAACAAGGUGCUAGGAAAUUGGUAUAUGAGGGGUUUGCGUACACAAAACAUCGCCUUAGUGUUGAUGGACGUAGAACCUAUUGGCGUUGUGAGAGACGAAGUUCAUUAACAGGCUGCCAUGGACGUGCUGUUACUAUUGGAAAUGAGGAGGGGCAACCUGUUCUUUUAACCGUUCAUCAUAAUCAUCCACCGUCUGAGAAAUAUGGUCCAUUGACUGGAGGGACCGGAGUGCAUGGCUGGGCAAUUGGGGGUGAUGUUGUUGGUACUUCUUCCACUACUCCACCACCAACUAAUGUUCGAGGAGUUCCUAUUGUUCCAAAAAUAUCUCGUUGUGAUAUUGCAAAAACUUAUGGAGAAACUGGUGUAAAUUCUUCACGGAAACGCCGUUUUGAAACUCCCCAGUUUCCAUUUGCUCUUUCUCUCCCACCAUUUAUUGGAGAUGGGGAGCCUCCAAACCUUACAAAGGCCGAUGAGACUCCCAAUUCUCCUCAAAAUUGCUCUUCAUAUUCAACUUUGGAACAAUUUAUUAAUUCUCAUUCUGACAACAAUUUACCUCCUUUUCUUGAAUCGGCACAGGAUAACUUUAACGUCGAAAUUCCAAUAAAACGCCCUCAUUUAGAGGAUAAUAAUGAUGGGGCGGAAUUGGGAGAACUUUAUUCGACGGAGGGAUUUUUUGAUCCAAACAAUGAAAGCUGUAAGGUCAAUGAACGUACAGCGAAAUUAGAUCUAUUGAAGAAAGAGUGGGAAGAAUUUCCUUCAUAUGAUCCUUCUCAACCCUCCUCUUCUUCAUUAGUAGCAGUACAACAAUCUGCUGAUGCAUUAAUUAAGAAUUCAUCGACCAAUCAAAUAAAUAAUGUUUCUUCUUCGUCUUUUGGAGGGACAGCUUUAAUUAGAGAAAAAUCCCAACUCGAUUUUUUUCUUCAAUUGCCAGUCAACACAGAAUUUACUAGUGAUCAGCAUGGCUGUGGAACAACAACAAAUGAUAUGAAACAAAUGCCGACAACACAGGAAUGGGAGAAUGAUCCAAGGACAAUUGAACUUCGUAAACAAUUAAAUGAUGCUCUCGAUCGUGAACGCAACUCUCAGCACAAACUUCAAAAGACUGCUGACGAGUUGCUUGAUGCACGUUCAGAGAUUGAUGUUAAAAAUGCAAAAAAUGAACGUUUAGAGAAGAGGCUUAAAAAUGCAAAUGAUGAAUUGGCUAGUUUACGAGAACAAUUGGAUCAAUCUAUGGAUCACCGUGAAACACUUGAAAGACAACAAUUCGAAUUAAAUUUAAAGGAAUCGAGAAAAAGGACAGAAUUACAGAGAGAAUUGGAGGCAAAAGAGGAUGAAAUGGAGGAAAUGAGAAUUCAAUUUCAACGUAAAAUUCGAAAUCUUGAAUCGACUUUGGACGAUGCUCAGCUUGAAAUUUCGUCUUUGCUUAAACAGAAAAAAGCGGCAUGGCAACGUAAUAGUCAAUCUGUUUCAAUGAAUGGUUCUUUGUUGGAUUUAGCUCAAAACAAUUCACCUGAGAAUCGAACUUUGAAAGGAAAAUUGGCUAGAGCUAUGGCUUUAAUUCAGAGUUCAAAAAUUCAUUUUGACAAAGAUUCGUCGUUUGAAGAAAAUUCUCAAUUGCGAAAUUUAAAGAAUAAUUUAGGAAGUUCCGUAUUUUCUUCAGUUUGUGGAGGGAGUGAAUUUGGGGAUUUGGAAGAUGUACUUUUGGAGGAGGAAGGGAAGGAGGUAGAAAAAGAAGGGAAUAUUUCAACAUCACAACCAAAGUUAGAAGAUGGAGGAGGAGGGGGAGAAUGUGCAAGUAGAGAAACUCUUACUUCAUUAUUAGCUGCUAUAGAAAAGGAACAACAAUUUGAUGGGGCUAAUUCUGAUACAAUUGAAGGCUCUUCUUGUGGAACAGAGGAAAUAACAAUGACAUCAAAAAACGAAGGAAUUGAAAUUCAAAAUGAAUCAGAAAUUUCUCGAGUUAAAAAGUGUUAUAGGAGUCAUGACGUGUCAACAAAACUCGAAGCAAUUGAUUGGGCAAAGAAAAAUUCUAUUCAUUCAGCUUCAAGAAAAUUCGAUGUUGAUCGAAAAAUAAUUAGAAAUUGGAUGAAUAGUGAAAAGGAACUUGAACAACUUGAGCAACAAAAUAGCCUAACAGGUGGACAAAAUCGUAAGAGACUGGCAGGAGGCGGUCGAAAAGUUUCUCAUCCGGGCAUAGAAAAGGAACUGUCAGAUUGGUUGAAUGAAAUGACUGAAAGGAAUAUGAUUGACUUUAAUCCUUAA